GAAAAUUAUAAUUUUCUGGAUUAUUUUAGUAGAAUAAUACAGAUGUUAAAGAAUAUUAGGUAGUGUUAAAAAAAUAACCACUAUCAAGAUUAAACAUAUAAAUAUCUCAUAUGUAGGACGGUUCAAAUGCAUUUGCGCUAAAAUGCAUCUUUGGUGACGUGAGUAAUAUGAAUGUAACAAACGAAAGUAGGUGCGCUGCUAUUUGUAGACGUCGAGUACAGAUAAGUGACACAGUUAUAUUGAACCAGAAUAGUCUAAGAAAUAAUUAGAGCUAUAACGGUGCCCAAAACCAAUCGCGAUCUACUUUGGGUUCAUAAAUCAAACAGUGGCAUCAAAACUAAACCCAGGUAUUAAACGCUUUGAAAGCGGUGAUGAAACUUCGAGUGAAGUUAUUCUGUCUUACCAUUAAGGCGAGUUGUGUAUUAAACAGACAAAUGUGAAUUGUAUGAAGAGCAAUAAUGUCACGAAAUUUAAAUUUACUGGUACUGUGUAUUAUCUUGACGUAUUACAUUUCGUAUGUCCGAGGGGAAAGAGCUAUCGGAGCCAUUUUUGAAAACGGUACCAUUUUUAUGAAAGCUGCAUUUUUGGUAGCUAUACAAGAAGUAAAUAAGGAUCAAGAAGAUGCAUUUGAACCUAAUAUGGCCGAACCACCUGCUGGGGAUUUAUCAAGUGCAGAGACAGCUAUGUGCGGUCUUUUGGAGAGCAAUAUUUUUGGAAUAUUCGGUCCUCCUAACAGGAUUACUUUGGAACAUAUCCAAUCAAUAGCCGACUCUCUUGAAAUACCUCACAUCAUAACAUACCCUAUGGAAAAACAAGAUCGUAACUGGUUUGGAGUUAAUUUAUACCCGUACCAUAUUGCUUAUUCACAGGUAUUUACAGAAAUUAUCGAAGCGAAAGGUUGGGAUGAAUUCACAAUCAUAUAUGAAGGCGCCGAACUUUUGCCGUUCUUCGACAAUAUAUUGAACAUGCAGGAUUUAGAUUCAGGCGAUCGCAUCGUAUUAAAUGUAGUUCAGUUGCCAGAGGGUGAUGAUUUUAGGACACAAAUAAAACAAAUUAAAAUCUCUGGGUCAGUAAACUACAUAGUAGAUUGCAGUAUCGAGUCGUUACCACUUUUUUUAGAGCAAGCUCAGCAAGUUGGAAUCAUGUCUGACGAACACAGUUAUAUAAUUAUGAACCCUGAUUUUCAUAUUAUAGACGUAGAUCCGUAUAAACAUGGGGGAUCUAAUAUUACAGGAGUACGUUUCUUCGACAAAGAUUUAGAAAGUGUCCAAGAAUUUAAGAAAUCUAUAAUUGAAACAGCACGUCAACUAAAUGAAGAAGAAGAAUUAAGUGAUGAACUCCCAGAAGGUGGUUUAACCUUCGAAUUAGCUUUAAUUCGAGAUGCUGUUAUUCUAUACGCUUCUGCUAUAAACACCAUGGAACUGAAAGAAGGACCUCAAUUGGCUUGUGAUAAAGAUGAUACCUGGCCUGUAGGAUCUACUCUUGUAAAUCAUAUAAAAAAUAUGGAAUUUGACGGCAUGACAGGACUAGUGAAAUUUGAUGAAGAAGGAUUCCGGUCCGAUUUUGAAAUUGAUGUUAUAGAAUUAAUGGGACACGGCUUUGAUAAGGUUGCAAAGUGGACAGCAGAAGAUGGUUUAGUUGGAAGUAGAACAUUAAUACCAGUGACAGAACAAGAAGGUUCCGAAUCCAUGAAAGGGAAACACUUCAUUGUACUUACAGCCUUGAGUGCCCCUUAUGGAAUGCUUAAGGAAUCUUCUACCAAACUAGAAGGGAAUAAUCGCUACGAAGGUUUUGGUAUUGAACUGAUAGACGAAUUAGCGAAAAUGAACGAAUUUAACUAUACGUUUGAGAUUCAGGCAGAUGGUGUGUAUGGCUCGUUAGACAAGAAAACCAACAAAUGGAACGGCAUGAUGGAGAAAGUUAUGGACGGUAGAGUAGAUUUCGCAAUCACCGAUUUGACGAUAACAGCCGCUCGUCAGAAAGCAGUAGAUUUUACGAGUCCUUUUAUGAAUUUGGGAAUAACAAUACUUUAUAAGAAGCCAUCCAAGCAACCACCCGAUCUGUUUUCUUUUAUUUCACCGUUUUCUUAUGAGGUAUGGGGAUGGGUAGCAGGAGCGUAUUGUGGUGUGUCAGUGCUGAUAUUCAUAUUAGGGAGAAUGGCUCCAGAAGAAUGGCAGAAUCCAUAUCCAUGUAUAGAGGAACCUGAGACAUUAGAUAAUCAGUUUACUUUAGCGAAUUCUUUCUGGUUCACUCUAGGUAGUGUGUUAACUCAAGGUUCUGAGAUUGCCCCUAUAGCUGUGUCAACGCGGAUGGCUGGAAGUAUGUGGUGGUUCUUCACUCUGAUUAUGGUAUCUUCAUAUACAGCUAACCUUGCAGCAUUUCUCACAGUAGAAUCCAAAUUUUAUGCUAUCAAGAACGUUCAAGAUUUGGCUAGCAAUCCUUACUCGUUAACUUAUGGCGCUAAAGCCGAAGGAGCUACUUUCAGUUUCUUCAAGGAAUCUGACAACUUACUGUAUCAUAAAAUGUACGAAUAUAUGGAUUCUCACCCUGAGUAUAUGACUGCUAGUAAUGACGAGGGAUUAGACAGAGUGAAAUCGAAUGAUGAAAAUUAUGCAUUCUUAAUGGAGUCAACAUCAAUCGAAUAUAUGGUGGAAAGAAACUGUGACGUGGCUCAAGUGGGUGGUCUGCUCGAUAACAAAGGAUAUGGAAUUGCUAUGAAGAAAAAUUCUGAUUACCGUCAGCCAAUGAGUGAAUCCAUCCUUCAGCUUCAAGAAGAAGGUAAACUGACCAGGAUGAAAGACAAAUGGUGGAAGGAGAAACGUGGUGGCGGUGCUUGUGCUGAUGAUGAUGCAGGCAGUGGUGAUGCUCAACCCCUGGUGUUGGCGAAUGUUGGUGGUGUAUUCAUCGUGUUAGCAGCCGGAUCUGGCAUGGCCGUCCUUUGUGCUUUCUUAGAGAUGAUCUUCGACGUCUGGAUGAUCUCCAGGAAGGAAAAGGUAUCGUUUAGGGAAGAGUUGAUAGCGGAACUGAAGUUCGUACUAAGCUUCAGUGGAGACGUCAAACCAGUACGUCAUCGAGAAGAAUCUAGCAGUGGCUCUGGAGGUUCUAAGAAGGAAGAGGAAGAAGAAGAUGACAGAAACGAAGAUCCUGAUCCGGAAACUCCUGCGGAUGCAAUGGAUCCUAUACCGCCAACUCCUGGCUCUGAAAAGUCUCAUUCGCACCACACAGUGCACAGUAGAAGACAGAGUAAUGCCAUGGCGGGAAGUAGGAGACUAAGUAAUGUCACUGCUAGCAGAAGACCUAGCAAUGUCGCACAAAUGUCCAGAAAUCGCAAGUACAGUGGAAGGCACGUGAUUUGAUAACUUACAAUUAGUAGAAAAGUUCCUAUUCUGGUAUUUGCUUAAGUAAAGAAAAUACCCCCCUUGUAAAAAAAAUAAUAUUUUAUUGUAUAGGAAUAUAUUAUUUACAAAAGCUGCUUAUAAUAUUUUUGCAAAAAAAUAAUAUUUUGCAAAAUAAAUAAAUUUUGGC